GAAAUGGGGAAGGUGUGACUCCAAGCCUUAGGGCUUCUCUGGGCAGAGACUCCUGUGGCUGAUGGCCUCCAGCUCCUCAGUGUCCACCAGCAGGGUGGUGGGAGUUCAGCCCAUUUCCAUCUGUGGGUGGUCUCAGGGGCGCGUGAGACUUGGAGCCAGGAGCACCGCCCAGUUCCCUGCAUUCACCUUUCACAACCCCACCGAUGGCGCCAUUCAUUGGACAGGAAGAACAAGAGAGAGGCCACAGGAAACAGUGUCUACACGUUAGGCGGCAGGAAGAAGGUCAGUUGAGCAGAGCUUGGGACCGGGUGACCACGCAGCCACAGGACUCUGCUGACUACUGAUGGCAGUAGCUGGGAGCCCGGGCCUCCUGUUCUUUCUACUUCUGGUUUCAGGUGAGAUGUUCACUGAAAGGCCCAGGAACGUCUGCCGGCACCACGGGAAUCACGAGUAUGACACCUUCGACUUGAAUGACGUUGCUCAGUGUUUCACCAAGUGUGAGCAGUCGGAGGACGGAUCCUGUGAUGUGGGGAGCUUGGAGAGAUACUGGCUGAACUAUGAGUCCUACCUGCUAGAGAAUUCCGUGGAGACUGUGGACAUGCCCUUUGUUAAGGCGUUGAUCCAGAACAUCAGUAUGGACAUCUCAGAAGACCUGCUGUUCUCUCUUAUGCCCUCCCAGAUCCCGAGGCAGGUGAUGCAGGGUGAGGAACAGCCCGCUGACAGAGUCCGACUUCCCAAGAGCCUGUUUGGAGCCCUGCCUGGCAACAGGUCUGCAGUCCGGCUGGCCAUAACUGUUCUGAAUAUUGGUGCAGGGAAUGUCUUCAAGGGCCCCAAGCUCCUUCAGGACAAUGGCAGCAGCGUGUUGAACAACCGAAUGGUGGGCUUGAGUGUGGGCCAGAUGCAUGCCACCGGGCUGUCGGAGCCUGUGGAGAUCACCUUCUCCCAUGAGCAUCAGCCACCCAAUAUGAUCCGCACCUGCGUAUUCUGGGAUGUUGCUAAAGGAGACUGGGAUUCCCAAGGCUGCUCCACAGAGCUCGGGGAUGAGAGGACCGUCUGCCGCUGUGACCACUUGACUUUCUUCGCCUUGCUGCUGAGGCCGAUCUUGGACCUGGCCACGGUGCAGACUCUCACGCGCAUCUCCCAGGCAGGCUGUGGAGUCUCCAUGAUCUUCCUGGCCUUCACCAUGGUUCUCUAUGUUACCUUCAGGUUCUCUCUGCAGAGGUUCAAGUCUGAAGAUGCCCCUAAGAUCCACAUGGCCUUGAGCGUCAGCCUGUUUCUCCUCAAUCUUACCUUCUUGAUCAAUAUGGGGAGUGGCACUCGAGGAACCCCGGCUUCCUGCUGGGUCCGAGCUGCCAUAUUCCACUACUUUCUGCUCUGUGUCUUCACCUGGAUGGGCCUGGAGGCCUUCCAUCUUUACCUGCUGGCCAUCAGGGUCUUCAAUACCUACUUUGGACACUAUUUCCUGAAGCUGAGCCUGUUGGGCUGGGGCCUGCCUGUUCUUAUGGUUAUUGGUGCUGGGAGUAGCAACAGUUACGGCAUUUAUACCAUCCGCAACCAGGAGAACCGCACCUCUCUGGAGCUGUGCUGGUUCCAGAAAGAGCUUGCCCUUUAUGCUACUGUCCAUGGCUACUUCCUGGUCACCUUCCUCUUCGGUGCUGUGGUGCUGGCUCUGGUAGCCUGGAAGAUCUUCACUCUUUCCAGUGUCACAGCGGGCAAAGGACCAGGGCAGACCUGGAAGUCGGUCCUCACAGUGCUGGGCCUCUCGAGCCUGGUGGGCAUGACCUGGGGGCUGGCCGUUCUAGCACCCCUGGGCUUGUCCACCGUCUACAUCUUCACCCUCUUAAACUCUCUGCAAGUUCCAGGUGAUCCAGUGCCCUCUUCUGGUUCCCUGUCGCACACAGGACUCUUCAUCUUCUCCUGGUUCAUCAUCCUCUACUUUCCAACUCAGAGCACCACAGCCUCCUCCUCUGGCACUGCCCGCCUGGACCAGGCCCCCUCGGUGUCCCAGGAGUAGUCGUGUAGGUGGCUCUCACUUCUGGCUGGUCUGUGUGACCUUGAACAGCUCCCUACUUCCUUCUGGGCUCCAUUGCCUUCUCUGUGCAGGGUGUCUAAGGAAGGAGAGGAUGGGGAGCAGGCUGGGGCCAUGUGGCUUCAAUGUUCCCAUUCAGGAGGCUGGAGAGACAGCUUGAAGACGACACUGGUUCAGUUCCUAGCACCCACUUGGCAUCUCAUAACUGUCCAGAACUCUAGUUCCAAGAGAUCUGACACUCUCCUGGCCUGCAAGGGCACCAGGUCUGAAGGUGUUGCAUGUACAUAUGUGCAGGCAAAACACUCAUACACAUAAAGUAGAAAUUUUAAAAAUAUAUUUUAAAAGCUCCAUUCAGAUGUGUUCAUGGGGCCAAAAAGCCACAAAUACAGAUUUGCAGGAAUCUGAAGUCCAUGUAAGCCUUAGAGUCCGGCCAGCACAGUAUCAUCUUUACCCCUGCUGCUAUGGAGACAGAUCUGUAUAGCUAAGCAGCUAUUUUCAGCCUUGACCACCUCUCAUUUCACCAGGAAUCUUAGUCAAAGAGGGCAGACUUGGUGAAGCCCCUUAAAGAAACUCAUCUUUCCCCCUCUUCCCCUGUCACUCUCCUGAGGAGCACUCAGAGGUUGCCUGUCCCUCUGAGGGACACUCAGGAAGCCAUUGUUUCAUGUGUGCUAGGGGAGGCGAGGACAGGAGGUUUGUUCAGGGCUAUGAUAAUCUCAUAUCUACUCUACCGCCAUCUUUGCCGUCCAGUUGGGGCUCAUCCUUAUUGCAAUUACUGCAUCAUCGACCUGUUGAGGUCCUUCUAGGUGCCCAGGACACUUUCAGACCAUACCACUCAGGGUGAGUUUCCAGGACUCCCUCCGUCCUCACCUCUUGCCCCACUUGACUGCCAGGUGUUUGGUCUGACUGCUGUCAUUGUGGGGACAGAAGUAGAGGCCCAGAGCUGCUCCAUCUACAUUAGCGUAUGUGGCCAGUGUCUGUACUCUCAUGAACAGGGACCUGGACAGCCUUACCAACCAUUUCAACACAACCUGAGCAUUGGGCCUGGUCAUGUCAGUUAUUGGCUUAGUAACUGUCACAUGGAUUUCAAUAAACAAAUAAUUGUUGGCUGA